CGUGGUGCCUGUAUUCUUAUAAUAUUCUAAAAUGCUGGAUGAUUCUGAGCCUGAAUAUUAAUAUAAGCAAUAUUCUUAUAAAAAAGAAUAAUAAGUGAUUAUGCGAAUAAUAAUUUGUAAUAAUUAAUCGAUCUCAGCCACCUGACCAAAAUGACAUCUUCCGUUCGUCAAGGGCGUUGUUGGAGGUAGAGGUGAAGCACGUGUGAAAUUAACGCUGUGAUGAAUGGUAUUUCAUUUGAUAAUGAAGCUUGAAUCAAACACUUUAUUGUUACUUUGUCACUGCUCAGAAGUCGUUGGGAUGUUCCUGCACGUCCAUCAAGAGCAUUUGGGCUAAAUAACGUGGAUAUUCUCCGACUGGAACAAUCUUGGAAAUUUUCAUAUGGCAGUAUAAUUAAAUGAAAAUGAUGAUCUUAUUAGGGACGUCAGCAGACUGCCCCAGGUUUUUGGAAGAGAGUCUCCUUUACAAGUACCUCUUUUCCUGAGGGAUAGUGCCCCUUCCUAUUAGUGCUCUCUAACGUUGAAAUUUUUCCGAAGUCUUAUCCUCCAAUCAUUUUAUACUGUAUCAAUAUUUGUAUUCGCUAUAAAUAGGUAUAAAUGCACGCAUGUUACAAGUGCAUAUAUAUAAACUUGUAUUUGCUAUAUAUAUGAUAUUUGGUUCUCUUGGAUUGACUUGCCUACCAACACUUGUUUCAAAAAUAUUCGAAAAAGGCACGUUGUUCAGCUUAAUUGCUUUUGAUUUAUUCAUACAUGACUCCUCAAAUGCUGAAUAUCAAUAUAUAAAUUUAGAUGCAUUUUUAACUGUUGAACUCGCGAGUAUUCAGAGUAUAUAUUUUAAUUUUAUUCUGACAGGUGAGUUCAUUUAGUCCCAAGAGAAGGAAAAAGAGUGGAGUCUUUAGUAGGUUACAAUAGAUUUGUGGAUGCAAUUCCGGCAUGAUAACGGAUUUAAGUUUUUCUUGCACAAGAAAAUUGUAACAAUAUAAAUUGUACGUACUGGAGCCUAAAAGUGAUGCGUCCAUAGCUCGUUUGCGGAUAAGAACCCCUUCCCCAAACCCAGCCCUCUUAGUAUUUUAGAGUAGCGGUUCUGCAGAGUUGUGAAUUUCAUUCUAUUUUCAUGCCAGGCUAAUUGCCAGCAUAGAUAGCUUUAGCAAUCUUGUGUUGAAUUUGACAAUGUCUUAAGUAAAUCUUGGAUUGGACGAUAUCAGUUCUAUCUUAUUGACCUUAUUUGCUUGUUUGUUUUGCACACGUCUUCUUGCAAACUUCUGAAAUGACUAGCAUCACUGUCGUGAAAGACUUACAAGUAACUGUAAUUUGAUACUAAAUAAAUGUAGUUAUUUUCGGUUGACUGAAACUGGUAAGCUAGAAAUUGUGGUCUAAAAUGGUUUUUCUGUGUGUUGCCUCACGCCUCUGUAGCCACGACAUUCUUUACUGAAUGGCACCAGCCUUGUUUUAUUCAUAAUAGAGGAAGAAAUAUAUACUGCAUAGAGCCGUGGGAAACUUCUUUGGAGAGCAAUAACUUUAUAGUUACAAACAGGACCUUCGUAAGACCAACUACCCCUGCUACCCUGGGUCCCGAACGCAUUUUACAAUUAAGUGGUAAUCCUGUAAUAAUGGCCUAGGGCAUUGAAAGGAGUUUGUUAUUUACUAAUUAACAACAAUACAAAUUUAACAUAAAAAAUACUUGAAUUGCAUACCUUUGUUUACGGUGAGAUCUUCCGCCUUCGUGUUCUUGGAAGACUGGCAACGAAAAGGAGGCUUCUUGGGCAUUUUGAAAGCAACAUGCCCAGGCCACAGGGUAGAGAUUUUGUGUCCAGGUCGAACAGCAAGGAAAAUCCUCGAAGUUGCAAGACGCAAUUACAAUACCGCUUGCAGAAAUGUUAGCCUUGAUUGGCGUAGCAUUUUAUACUUUUAAAUUCAUAAUACGGCUGUCAAAAUAUUCAUGGCAAUGGUGUCUAUCAAUGGUAGAACGACAUCACUGUUAUAUCAGUAUCCAGGCCUAUCGUGGAUUUUCUUUCAUGAUGCCAUGUCUAGUGAACCAAAUUAUGCAUAGAAUAGCUGGAAUUCGCAUCGUAAAGGACGAAGGGUCCGGUCUCAAUGAUGAGAUAAACGAAAUGUUAAAGCCUGAAAAGUCUUUGUUGGAUAAUGAUUUUCAGGCAUACUUGCUGAAUUUGAAACAACCAAAGAGGAGAUUGGAGGAUAAUAAGGAAAAGAAACUUGCUGCAGUAUCUAGCUGCAUUUUUGAUAUUAUUUCUGGGAUUAUAUUUGCUUUGAUAGCACAUUAUUAUAUUUCAUUUGACGACUUGGCCAUACUAUUUACCAAGUGGAGGGAUUCGACUCAUGGAUUUCUAAAUGAAUUGCUUGAUUGGCUUGUUGGAGCUCCAGCUGGUCUUAAACUGAAUCAUGAGUUAACAAUAUUUCUGGGAAAGUUUUUCCUUUAUCAUGUCUACAUUUGGAUUGGCUAUUUAUUAAUUAUGGAACCAUAUUAUGUUCUUAUUAUAAAGAUUAUAUUGUACUCAAGCUGUUUUGGACUGUCAACUAUGUUAUCUCUUGCAAGUGAUGCAUUAAGCUUCUUGACAUUCCAUACUUACUGUUUCUAUGUGUAUGCAGCAAAGAUCUACAAGCUACAGCUUCAAGGGCUGAUAUCUCUUGCUAGACUUUUAAGAGGGAAAAAAUGGAACCCAUUGCGAAACCGUGUGGACUCAAUUCCUUUUGAUGCAAAUCAAUUAGCAUUUGGAACCAUUCUUUUCACAAUUUUUCUCUUUUUGCUCCCAACAACUGGAAUCUACUACCUUGUUUUCACUCUUCUACGAUUGCCAAUACUUGUAUUGAAGGCUGUUAUAUAUUAUGUCACUGGCAUUCUCAACUCAAUACCAAUCUAUGCAGUAGUUCAGAGAGUAUUAUCCUCAAGUCAGCCUGUUGAUGGUGUCAGUAUGAGACUUUUAUAUGGGAAACAAGAAUCAUACAACAAAACAGAAAGCAGAGUUAACAAGGAUUGUUCAACUGCAAAAUUAUGUUUAGCUGAUGGUGUAGUGGUUAGAAUGCUGUUUACCAAAGAAUCAAUUCAAGCCAUAUUAAAAAGAAAAACAAAUUUUGGUUUAAAGAACUUUUUUUCACUUCCUACGCUUUUGAAGUCACUUAUUUUUGGAGAUGUAGUAAAUUCACUUUAUUCUCUCAAAGAAGAAUAGUAAGCUUAAAGAUAAAUAAUAUGAAUUAAUAAAAAAACAUUUUACUGUACUAACAUUGCAAACAUUUGCAAGGAAAUUGUUUGGUGAUUGUUACAAAGUUUAUAUUUCAUUGUUUUUAUGGAAUAAGAUUAUGUAAAAUAAACGGUUACCAUAAAUUUAGAGUACCACAAUAAGGUUUUAUUUUAU